AUGUGCAAUAAAUUCACGGUAUUAUCUUUGGCAUAUUUGGCCGUUUUCGUGGCAGUUGUUAAUUGUGAUGAUGGUGCUUCACCUGUGGGACUAGUAGAUAUUCUAAGCAAAGAUGUAGACGUCGGUCGUACUUUCGGUCACAAUGCCCUCAAGCGGUUGUCCUUCAUAUUCCUCCCAGUCAUGUUCACACUGGGAGUGAUCUCAACACUCUUGAUGGCGCUAGCCGUAAUAUCUGUUAAGAACCUCGCCAUUGGAGUUGUACUGCUCAUUGUGUCUGUAAGCCAGGCGGUUACCAGAUUAUUUGCGGCCACAACAGCACCGUCACCUCUCGUGCUGCACCCUCGUGCUGAGUUCCUCCCUGCUCCAGCCGUACCUGCCCCAUGGCCCGCCAGCGGUCCUCUUCUAUCGCCCUGGGCCAGAUCCGACAACGAAGCUACUAUUCCCGAAUAA